UUUGAGUAUAACUCUGAUUUUCUCCGUCAGGUGGCGCAACUGGGUGAUCCGCGGCAUAUUCACCUGGGUUAUGAUAUUCGGAUUCGCCUGGAUCAUCUACAUGGGACCGCUGGCACUCAUGUGCAUUACCCUGGCGGUGCAGGUGAAGUGUUUCUCCGAGAUCAUAAACAUUGGUUAUGCCGUGUACCGCAUCCACGGGCUGCCGUGGUUCCGAUCGCUCAGCUGGUGGUUCCUUCUCUGCUCCAAUUACUUCUUCUACGGAGAGAGCCUGGUGGACUAUUUUAUAGUUCUGGUUAACAAACUGGAAUUUCUGCGGGUGCUCGUGACGUACCACCGCAUGAUCUCCUUCCUGCUGUACAUCGUCGGCUUCGUGUGGUUCGUGCUCUCACUGGUGAAGAAGUACUACAUGAAGCAGUUCUCACUGUUCGCGUGGACCCACGUGGCGCUGCUGAUUGUGGUCACCCAGAGCUAUCUGAUCAUUCAGAAUAUCUUCGAGGGCAUGAUCUGGUUCAUCGUACCGGUCUCUAUGAUCAUCAUCAAUGACGUCAUGGCCUACAUGUUUGGCUUCUUCUUCGGAAGGACGCCCCUCAUCAAGCUGUCCCCGAAGAAGACCUGGGAGGGCUACCUUGGUGGAGGCUUUGCCACAGUGCUGAUGGGACUACUGCUCUCUCAGCAGCUGGCGCGGUACCCGUACUUCACCUGUCCUCUGGAGUACAGCGAAUCCAUGGACGGAGUUAGCUACCAGUGCGACCUACCGCCCCAAUUUCUGCCACAGGAGUACGCUCUGCCAGGCUGUCUGGCAACCCUCUGUAAACUGUUCGGCGCGUCGCCCACUCUGCGUUUCUCGCCGUUCCUGAUCCACGCCUUUGUGAUGGGCCUGUUCAGCUCCAUCAUUGGACCGUUCGGAGGAUUUUUCGCCAGCGGCUUCAAACGCGCCUUCAAAAUCAAGGAUUUCGGUGACCUGAUUCCCGGCCACGGAGGUAUAAUGGACCGAUUCGACUGCCAGUUUCUGAUGGCCACAUUCGUCAACGUCUAUAUCUCGACAUUUGUCAAGUCGCCGUCACCGCAUAAAAUACUGCAGCAGGUAUAUACACUGAAACCCGAGCAGCAGCUGCAACUGUUCACAAUACUGCGUGAUCAGCUGACUGCCCGCGGCGUACUCGGCUGAUCUGGCUGCACGCAUCUGGCAGCACUGAAUGAGACCGGUGACGUUAUCGAGCUACCAGACUGGCAACAUCUGGUAACAAAAAAUAACGAGGCUGGUCAUGACUCAAGCGAGCAGAUACUGAAGCAAUACUUGCUCCAAAAUCUACCAAUUAUUCCAAUAUUACAGGCAACUUGGAGACUGAACCCUAGC